UGGGGGUGCGGGGCCGGGUUCCCAGGUCCCCGACCUGGGGAGGGUUCCGGGGACCGGACGUCGGGGUUCUUAGAAGGGGAGAUGAGUUGUCACCGUAACUGGGGCUCACGCAGGAAGCCUGGGACAGUGAGAGGCGGAAACUUAGCCACAUCAAGGGCCCGAGGGAGGGGCGGCCAGGCGAAGGGGAGGGCGAGGAAGGGGCUACGGGGUGUGUGUCCGAGACCUGCCCUUCUGUCCCUCCCAAGAAUCGGCCACAAGCAUGAGGGGCCACCGGCCGAGAUGACAGUGCUGGCACUAGCCUGGAACCCAACUUCGUCCCUGCUGUUACUGCUGCUACUGCUGAGCCCCGGCCUCCGAGGGACCCCCGACUGCUCCUUCACCCACAGUCCCAUCACCUCCAACUUUGCCAUCAAAAUCCAAGAGCUGUCUGACUACCUGCUUCAAGAUUAUCCAGUCACGGUGGCCUCUAACCUGCAGGACGUGAGUCACAGCUGGGAGGGCCCCGGGAUGGAGGUGGGACACAGACUCCAGAUGCACCACCCUGCAGGGACAAGGCUGGAGGAGCUCUGCAAGGGACUGUGGCGCCUGGUCCUGGCCCAGCGCUGGAUGGAGCAACUCAAGACUGUGGCUGGGUCCCACAUGCAGCGUCUCCUGGAGUCUGUCAACACAGAGAUGCAUUUUGUCACCUUAUGUCCCUUCCAGCCCCUCCCCAGCUGUCUUCGCUUCGUCCAGACCGACAUCUCCCACCUCCUGCAGGACAUCUCCGCACAGCUGGUGGCCCUGAAGCCCUGGAUCACCCGCAGGAAUUUCUCUCAGUGCCUGGAGCUGCAGUGCCAGCCCGACUCCUCUACCCUGAUACCCCCAAGGAGCCCUGGGGCCCUGGAGGCAACCAUGCUGCCAGCCUCACAGUCCCCUUUGCUGCUACUCCUACUGCUACUACCCCCUACCCUCCUGCUGCCAGUCGCUGCCUGGUGUCUGUGCUGGAGAAGGAGGAGGAUCACGAGAACCACACCCCGCCCUGGGGAGCAGCUGCCCCCUGUUUCUUGUCCCCAGGAAGUGCUGCUCGAGGAGCAGUGACCUGGCCAUGUCCUCAUCUUGGUGAGAACACUGAGGCCCAGCGAGAGGAGUCACCUGCCAGAGGAUGCAGAACCAGGACACAGAGGAAACUGGCUGGAGGCUGGUUCCUUCCUGGGGCCUGUUCUCAUCCCCAAGAUGCCAGAAUGCAGCACCUGCCCCACUUACCGGCCUCUGUACAAAGCCCUAAUCCCAGUGAACUUGUAUAUAAAUCAU